AUGUCAACAACAGGAUUAUUGCAGAAGGAUCAGGGCGGCCCCGAUUUGACCCGGGCCACCGUCGUCGGCAUGGCCUUCGUCUCGGGGGGCUCGCAGACGCCUUCCGGCCCCCCACAACCUCAGCCGGCCGCUUUUCCCGGGUACCAGCCGAGUCUACAGCAGCAGUUACAGGAGGCGAUACUUCAACAACAACAACAAGCACAAGCACAGCAACAGCAUCAGCAACAACAACAGCAGCAACAAGAAGGAGCUAAUAUGCAAAAUCCAAUGAUGCAACAAAUGCUGGCCCAACUUCUCCUAGCACAGCAAGCUGCUCAGCAGCAAGCGACCGCCGCCCCUCCACCACCCCAACCACCGCCAAGCCAACAGCUUCUUAUGGCCAUACAGCUGCUGCAACAACAGCAACUGCAACAAGCCCAAGCCCAACAAGCUGCUCAAGCUCAAGCUCAAGUCCACCAACUACAGCAAGUUGUAGCCGCGUCGGCCGGCCCGAAUAUCGCAACACCGACCCCCCAAAUGGCCGCGCCAAUUGCUCAACCACAACCACAGAACGCCAACAAUCCAUUGCUGUAUUAUCAGCUCGCCGCCGCCCAGUUGGCACGUGAACAGUCGCAACAGCAGCAACAGCAGCAGCAGUCGGCCUCCGGCAGUUCGCAGCAGCAACAGCAGCCACAACUUUUGCAAUCGAUUCCAUCAACUUCUGCUUUUCAUUCGACUGCAUCUACGUCGGCUCAUGACUCGAGGCCGAAUUAUCCCCCAGUGAACCAAGCGACGGUGCCGAAUCCGAGGUUGCUGGAAGCUGUGCCCGAACUCGUUCACCCUUCGAACGCACCUGGGUCUCAGAUUCAACAGGACAAAUCGGGAAACCAAUUGUCGGAGUUAUCGGUGCAGGAGCGGAUUUCAAGGCUGAUCAGCGACAACGAGGCGAUCAUCCAGCAGCCACAAGUUAUGAUAAAGCGGCGACCAUACCACCGGUCAACCCAAUCGAGCAUUGAGAUGGAUUCUGCAUCUGGAUCCACCCGAACAUCCCCCGGAAGUAGUGGGGUACGUGAACACCACCGAAUGCCUACCACGCGAAGCCAAUCCCUCUACGAACCCUUACAAGGUGUAAAAGCCUUUGGUGGCGGAAAUGGACCAAGCUAUAAUGGUGGUGCUGCCGGCUCCAUCACAUCUGGACAACCACUUUCCCGCUCCGAUCGGCCAGCGACAUCCAACCACCCCUGUCAAUACUGCCAAGCGCAGUUUGGCAACCUUCACUUGAUGAUGAUGCACGAAACGACGUGCACCAAAAAAGCUGAAAUGAGCCGACCACCACCUGCAUCGACGGCGCCGAAGCUUGAAGAGACUUCGCGCAAUAGCGAUUCGCCGGUCAUCAUUGCUGAUCAUCGUCACCCCUUGAAACGCCGCCUUUUGAGUGCUGUCGCUGAGCAGCCGCAUAAGAUGUCGAAAGCGGACAUUGCCAGCCCGGCUCCAACGGAUGAACAAUUCUCCUCCCAACAGCUUCCGAUUAUCCCUGAGACCCGGAAGCUUGCACCCGGAAUUUCCACCGGAUUGUCCCGAAGGGCUACUGUAGCUGCUCUCUCCUGCGAGACCGUCGCCAACACCGCCCCUUCCAUCCCGAUUCAUAGCAUUCAGAGCUAUCAAUCUCUUGCCGGCAACAAUCUGCAGAAUAUGCAAGCUCUCCAAGCUCAGCAUCUGAUCCAGCAACAGCAACAACAACAAAUACAAACUCAGAUGCAAAAAGAGGCAGCAAUUCACCAGUUAGCCGUGGCAUCACAACAACAGCAACAGCACAAUCAACAGCAGCAGCAGCUCCAGAAUCAGCAGAACAACCCGCUGAUCGCCCAACAAUUGCUGGCACAGCUGCAACAAAUCCAGCAGCUUGGACAGCUCCAACCGGCAGCACCAUCUAUUCAAAGCUUGUUGCUCAGUCUCCAAGGCGGAAUGAACGGUCAACCACAGAUGCCGCAAUUGGCCGUCCUGCUAGCACAACAACAGCAACAACAAGCCGAAGUUCUACGCCAACAACAACAAUUCCUAAGUCAAGCUGCUGGAUCGGCAUCGCUUCCUGGUUCAUCCACCCAGCUGCCCUUGCCACAACCAUCAGCUCUGCAGAACCAGGCGCCGCCAAACUUUUUGCAACAAUUGCAACAGCAACAAGCCUUGCAGCAACAAGAACAACAACGCCAGCAGCAAUUGCUCCAGCAACAAACCCCCCACAUGAAUGGCGGCCCGAAUGUGCAGCAAAGCUUGGCACAGCUGCAUCUUCAGAAUGGCCAAGGACAGAAGCAUCUGAAUGGGUUAGCCGAUAUCAAACAAGAAUCGGGGACCAGCUCUGCCUUUCGCAACCCGGAUGCUAUGAAGGUGAUGCCACCUCCCGUUCCAAAGGCUACAUCACUUGGAAGUUCGGCCGAGGCCCUGCGUACACAGCUGGAGAAGCCAGUGGAAGCUUUGAGUGGCGAUAUCAAUAAGCCGUACACUUUGGUGUUGGCGAGCAAGGAACCAACACAGGUUUCAGCCCAGCAGCAGGAAGUCAAAGAGAAGCUUUCGAACCGUCAUCGUGCGCUAGCUUCCGAUACUUAUUGCUGCCUACAUCGGCUGCUCCCAUCUGCAAAGGAGCAAGGGCCGCGCGAGAGCUCCUAUAACUCCUGGCCAAAGAGCCGUGGCACGGAAGUCGAGAAAAACCUUAACAAGAUGUACCUCUCCACUUGCCAGAUGACCCCCGGCACCGGGAUCAAGGAGUUUUUUCGAGUAACUUCCGCUAACCGUGAAGGUGGCCAACUCCGCGUCACCCAUUCUUCCUUUUGGGAGAUCUCCACGAAGCUGCGCCUCCGCCAGAACCAAAACCUGGCCCUCAUCACCGCCAUGAAUCAACAAGGGCCGACCAAUGGCCUCUACGAAUACGGUGCCAAGAGGCCUAACCAAGAAAAGCUCCCAACCGCAAUGAUUGUUCCUGAAAUGGUGAUCGGCCGUUCUGCGCCCCAGCCAUCACCCCAACCAACCCAACCAUCUCCACAAAUCGCCAUUCAACCAACACAACCUUCCGUUUCUACAGCAAUUGAACCUCCACUUGUACAUACAUCCCCUACAUCCCCUACAAAACCGACUACUUCUGCCCCGUCUGAAAUCCCGACAAUUGUCCUGCAAAAACACGAAAGCAUCCAAGCCCUAGAGGAAGAGGCCGCAAGAAAGUCCAAACAGCCCCAUAAACCUGAGCGAAAAGAAUCAUCCAUGAAUAAGUUUUCUGAUAAGAAGGAAACUGUCAUUGGUGGUCAUCGUACCGAUGAGGUCUAUGUGUACAUCCGAGGUCGAGGCAAAGGACGUUAUAUUUGUGAUCGAUGCGGAAUCCGCUGUAAAAAGCCAAGCAUGCUCAAGAAGCAUAUCAGGUCCCACAGCGACGUCCGGCCAUACCAGUGCAACCAAUGCAAUUUCUCCUUCAAAACAAAAGGCAACCUCACCAAACAUCUUGCUUCCAAGAGCCAUCGAAAGAAGGUUGCUGAGGCUGGAGGUGAUAUGUCAUACGCAUCUGACAGCGAAGAUGAAGACCGUCUUGAAAUUGCCUCCAACGCCGAUGAUGAAAUCAUCGAUCUGCAUUUGCAGAACAACUUUGACGAGGAUGGCCACAACAGCUCCGAUGAUGAGGAUGGAUAUCCAGAAGUUGAGACGAGAUUGCCAGCGUAUAGCACCCUUGGAUAUGGACAAGAGAAUAUUCUGGAGGAGAGAGCAACACAUACACCACCAUCACGAUGGGUACUUGUUGAAGAGACGCCGAAUAGUAAAUGGCCAACAGCGGAUAUACAAAGGCGCUGCUUCUCCGCACCACCCGUUGCUGCACUCCAAAGUUCAUCUCCAAUCCCGCCAGCUGAUCCAAAAGAAGAAGCGCCAACGACCCUCAUUUCAACGUUGUUACCCCCAUCGAAUCCGGUCUUCCUACAUCCGAUGGCGACAAGCCUCAACUCCGAGAUGCCCGUUGGAGCGGCGCUCCUUUCCGUCGAUUCUUCGUCCCUCUACGGCCAAUUUCUGUCGAAGGAGGAGCACCCUUGCACGCAGUGUGGCAGAAUCUUCCGUAAGCAAGCCGAGCUAACUCUUCAUCAACACACACACAACAUUGAGCGACAAACGGCCAAGAACAGAGUCUUCCAGUGCCCAGACUGCCGACAGCCGUUUCGGACGAAGCCGCUGCUUGUGCGACAUAUGUGGACGGCACACGGUGUACAGUUGCCCCUCGAUGCUGAACCAUUAGCUAUGGGCGACACCACUCUCCAAUCCGUCCUUGCAAACGCCCCCACAGCCAGCCCUCGAUCCUUUCUCUGCAGUGAUUGCGGAAUUGGCUUUCGCAAACACGGAAUCCUCGCCAAGCACCUCCGAAGCAAGACCCACGUCGUAAAGUUGGAAGGUCUCGGAAAGCUCCCGGCCGACAGCCUCAACCUCAUCAUGAAAAAAGACAAUGGCGCCUGUUUGACCGAUGUGGAUACAGCUGAUUGUGAAAAGGCUCGUGAAAGCUUGCUAGCAAUAGUCGAGACGAUCCGCGCUGAAUUCCCCGCAUGCGAUCAGCCGAUGACGUCAGAAGCGGAUUCGCAGAAUUCAGAAAACACCAGCGAUUCCACGACAUUCACAACGCCGACGGACAACCAAAUCACUGCUCCAUCAGCUCCAGUCGUAUCGUCACCUCAAGCCUCAGCCACCGCCAUCAGCACCGUCACAUUUCCACUGCUCAACCCGAACUUCCUACAAGUAGCCGCGUUUGCUGGAAUUGCAGCCCGGCGGCCAAGCAUGUCAUCCCAUGGGCCCAGCCCCAAGAAGAGAAGAGAGGACCCUUUCCCAUCGAUGCGACCACGCGGCGAUUCCUUUUCCAACCUGCCUUCCCUUGAACCGAUGCAUCGGAGAAGGGCCGAGACGUUCGGGGCUGUAUCGAUGCGGGAGCUGCACACGAGAACCAUUUCGGCUAACGUUUGGAUGCCGCCACGGGCAGACUCGAUGGAUCGUCCAAGGGUGCCUGAUGCAUGGAGUAAAGCUUCGACACCUGGGGAAUCGACCGAACCAGGUUCCUCACGUUCCGACGAUCUUGACUCACUUCGCUCUUCAUCUUCCACCCCUGUCCAUCGACCAAGCAACGGCCAUGCACCUUCCCCGCUUUUAGGCCCAACCAAAUGCAUCCUUUGUGAAAUCCAGUUUGAGACACAUGUCGAGUUACAGGUCCACAUGCAUGCCGACCACAUCUCAAUGCGUGACGGGAAGGAUUUUCGGUGCCCAAAGAAACACUGCGAUACGGUAUACCCAAACCGGGAAAGCCUUCGCCAGCAUCUUCUCCAUCUGCACUAUCAGCGAGGGAUGGUCAUGCUAGCCCCAGAUACAGAAGAGAGCAGCAAUCCGCCGAGUCCGUCUGACGGGCUACGGGAUCAUCGUUCUGAUUCAAUCUCGUCGCUGGUUGACAUAAAGAGCAACGUGCAGUUGAGUUCGUUACCGUGUGCGGUAUGCGGUGAUCGCUUCGUGGAUGCGAUGGCGCUGCAGGACCACUGGCUAACCCACGUCACAAAGCGGCCCCACAUUUGCUCGGUGUGCGAUGCUGGAUUCACAACAUUGGACGCGUUGAACGCCCACGCCGUGACGCACGUCAUGGAACAGGCAAAUGUCAGUUUU